GUCAUUAAAACCAGCGGCGGAGCUGAUGUGAUGACAGCAGUUGCAGCCUGAAGCUGGAUCCUGCAGAACAUUAACGAUAGCGAGCUUCACCUUUCGGAAAGAUGAAUCGUUUUCUGUGGCUGCUGGCUGCAGGUCUUUACCUAUACUUGCAGUGCCUAGCGAGUGCUGAGUCAGGUUUGAGCAGGAGUGUCAUUGAAAAAGCUGUAAUUGAAGCCAAGGCCACUGUGGACGCAGCAUAUCAGUACUCUAGGAGAGAGAGCAUUAACCGGGUGAGGAGGAAUGCUGCGAAUCCUGCGGACGUCCUGCGCCUGAUGAAGCAGCCUAUUGGGCAAACCCGUAGUGUUGUACGUGCUGCAGACUACAUGGACAUCGCGGUCAAACUGGUGAAGAGAUCGCUAGGAAAUCGUCACAAACGCUCCAUCAAUGCCACAGAUCUGAUCUCUGAUGAGGACCUGCAGGUCGUCGCUGACCUGACAGGCUGCUCUGCCCGGCAUCGUGUCCCCUCUUGCACGACAACUCCCAAUUUAGACAAGUAUCGCACUGCAAGCAGCGUCUGCAACAACAGGGAAAACACCCGCUGGGGAGCCUCCAACAUAGCUUUCACCCGCUGGCUUCCUGCAGAGUACCAGGAUGGUAUCUCUCUUCCUAAAGGCUGGAAUCCAGAGCACAGAGUUAACAAUCAAAUACUGCCUUUGGUGAGGGAAGUGUCCAACCGUAUCCUGAGCACAGCAAAUGCUGAUGUGGAAAGUGACCCACUCUACACUCACCUGGUGACAAUCUUCGGCCAAUGGACUGACCACGACCUGACCUUCACUCCUCACUCUCCUGUGAUCCGCUCAUUCAGUAAUGGAAUCGACUGUGACAAGAGCUGUGAACGCACAGAGCCCUGCUUCCCCAUUGAGAUUCCCAAGAAGGACCCCCGCUUCAGCAAACACCCAGAAGAGUGCAUACCCUUCUUCCGCUCAGCAGCAGGUUGCGGUUCAGGAAACACAGGCUACAUCUUCGGUGCAAGCAAUGUCCGUCAGCAGAUGAACUCUCUCACAGCUUUCAUUGAUGUGGGCCAGGUGUACGGUUCAGAUGAUACUCAAGCUCGCUUCCUCCGGGACCUCACCACGGAUGAGGGCCUUUUAAGAGUCAACAAACUGUACAAUGACAGUGGCCGUGAGCUCCUGCCCUUCACCAACAUGGGUGCUAACAUGUGUGCCACACGAGCCCGCAUUACUAAUGAUGCCGAUGCUGAAGAGGUGCCCUGCUUCCUGGCUGGUGACGGACGCUCCAAUGAGAACAUUGGUCUGACCUCUCUACACACACUUUUGUUGAGGGAGCACAACCGUCUGGCACGUGCUCUGGCCAAACUCAAUCCUCACUGGGAUGGAGAGAGACUCUACCAGGAGGCUCGCAAGAUCAUGGGUGGAUACUUCCAGGUCCUCACCUUCAGAGACUACUUGCUCCACAUUGUUGGUCCGGACUUCAUUGCCAAGCAGCUGUCCACCUAUCCUGGUUAUGAUGACGAAGUGGACCCCAGCAUCUCCAAUGUGUUUGCCACAGCUGCAUACCGAUUUGCUCACCUGAUGGUUCAGCCUUUCAUGUUUCGUCUCGAUGAGAAUUACAAGGAGCACCGUGACUACCCCAGCCCCCUGCUGCACAGAGCCUUCUUUGCACCAUGGAGAGUCAUCUUUGAAGGUGGUCUGGACCCAAUCGUGAGGGGGCUGGUGGGUCGCCAAGCCAAGCUGAACACACAGGAUCACAUGAUGACUGAAGAGCUGAGGGACCGUCUUUUCAAGUUCUCUGCUGACUUGGCGCUUGAUUUGGCUGCUCUUAACUUGCAGAGAGGAAGAGAUCAUGGACUCCCUGGCUACAACAAAUGGCGCAAGUUCUGUGGGCUGUCACAGCCAAAAAAUCUGGCAGAGCUGGCAAAGGUUAUGAACAACACUGAUCUGGCCAAGAAACUUCUGGAUCUCUACGGCACGCCCGACAACAUCGAUGUGUGGCUGGGAGGAGUGGCUGAGCCAUUUGUCCGUGGAGGAAGAGUGGGACCCCUGUUUGCCUGCUUGAUUGCUACUCAGUUUGAAAAGAUCCGCCAGGGAGACCGACUUUGGUGGGAGAACGAUGGAGUCUUCACCGAGGCUCAGAGGAAGUCCCUGAGGGACACGUCACUUGCUCGCAUCAUCUGUGACAACACUGGCAUCACUGAAGUACCUGAAAGACCCUUCCAGUACAGGCCUCGAGGUUCUGGUUACGCCCAGUGUGAAGACAUCCCUGUUUUCGACCUCAGCCCAUGGAAAGAGAAUGGAGGAGACUCAGGCUCAUCCACAGGACCAGCAGGACCCAGAGGGCCACCUGGACCAAGAGGCCCUCCUGGACCCCCCGGGCCUGAAGUGAAGGUUGCAUUCUCCGUGCGUCUGGGCAACAACUUCCCCAAAACUGGCGUGCCCAUGACCUUCCGUGACGUCAUCUACAAUGGACAGAACAGCUAUAAUGUCAAGACAGGGGUUUUCACAUGUGAGCAGCCAGGUGUAUAUGAUUUCCAGUUCCACUGUACGGUCUAUGAGAAUGCUGCCAGUGUGGACCUGCUGCGUAACGGAGAGCUAAUUGUGCACUCAUACACCACCAAGCACACUGGCCACAUCAUAGCCAGCGGCAACGCAUAUGUUAAGCUUAAGAAGGGAGACAAGGUCUGGCUGGUGGCCAACCAUGGAGCCAACGGUGUGACCAGUGACAGUUACUUCUCAGGAAAUCUGCUGUUCACUGAGUAGAAGACUUCUUGAUGCAGCUGCUAACCCACAACAUCCUCAAAACAAUGCAAAUUAAUGUUCAGCAAAUUUUAAAAAAAGGCAAAAUAACACCUUUUUUCGCAGUGAGCCUUGCUGACAGAAAAGCACAUAGUUAAAAUCCUGUGGUAUUUUUUAAUGUUUAAAAGCUUUUGAAUAACAGAACCAUCAUUCUGCACUGAUGCACUGAUGAUGUAAAAGAAAGGGAAAGGGUUGAAAACAAGCUUAAAAAACAAGCAAAAAUGAGCAAAACCCUAGUUGAUAUGUGAUAUUUUAUCAUUUUCUUUUAAUUUAAUCCUUUUGUUGUCUUUUAAAAUUGUCUUUAGCUCUUUUCUGAAAGGUGCACAGCACAGUAAAAUUGUCUGGAAGAUGAAUGCAUUAAUGUGUAAUUAAGUGUAAUACUUUGAGUCACUUUAACUUUGUCAUUAAUAAAUGAUUGUUGAUUAA